AUGCCAAAGUGGAGAACAGUUCGAGACCAUCUUUUAUACGCUCACUCCGAAAGUUUAAUCGAUGAUGAAGAGUUUAUUUUGCUUUUCGACUUAUAUACAGCCAAAAGUCCAGAUUUGCCUUAUUGGAAAUACGAUGAGUUUGACUUGGACAAAUUAAGUGACGACGAGUGUAUAACAGAAUUUCGUUUUUUGAAAGGCCACAUUUACAUUCUAGUAGAUGCUAUGAAGCUACCAGAAGUUAUCAAAUGCUAUAACGGCCUUUUGGUAGACCGAGUGGAGGCUUUGUGCAUAUUUUUGAAACGCUUUGCUUAUCCUUGUCGAUACCUGGAUAUGAUGCCAAGAUUUGGCAGACCCGUUCCUCAACUUUGCAUGAUCAGUAAUGCUGUCAUGAGCUUUUUAUACACUCAAUGGAACCAUUUGCUUUCAACGUUUGAUCAACCUUGGUUAACUUCAGACAAUAUAGAAGAGUUUUGUCAUGCAGUGUUUCAGAAGAGUGGUGCCUUGGAAAAUUGUUUUGGUUUUGUUGAUGGGACAGUUCGUCCUAUUUGUAAACCUGGCAAAAAUCAAAGGGUUCUUUAUAAUGGCCACAAGAAAGUACAUGCAAUAAAGUUCCAAUCAUUGGCUGUCCCUAAUGGUCUUGUGGCGAACCUCUUUGGCCCAGUUGAGGGUAAACGCCAUGAUAGCGCGAUGCUUGCCCAGUCAGAUUUAUACAAUAAGCUUCAACAGCUAGAUCCCUUACCAAAUGAAAAUCCUGUUUGUAUCUACGGUGACCCUGCCUAUCCUCAUCGACCUCAAUUACAAUGCCCAUUCAAAGGAGCGAGAAUAACUCCUGAACAACAAGAAUGGAACAAAGCGAUGAGCAGCGUACGCGUAUCUGUAGAGUGGAUUUUUGGGGACAUUGUGAAUUACUUCAAAUUCAUUGACUUUAAAAAAACCCUAAAAAUUCAACUAAGUGCAGUUGGGAAAAUGUAUAUUUGUUGCACUUUACUUCAUAAUGCCAGAUGUUGUUUUUAUGGCUCAAUAACCUCACAGUUUUUUGAACUAGAACCUCCAUCCAUAAAUGAAUACUUUGUGUGA